AUGCUGCAAUCUAUGCCAAUAUCCAAGAGUACAGACAUAGAUUUGAAUGUACAUGAAGAUUCAAGUAAUCUGGACAAUUCUGGCUCAACCACAAAGACAUCAGGACAUGAAAUUGUUGAUACUUCUAAAGUACCCAAUGGAAAUGAACCCUUUGAAUAUGAAGUAAAUGGAGCAAAUGGACUUUCCAUAUUGGAACAUUCUUCCCCUGAACCUAAAAGGAAAACAACAACUUAUCAAGAGCGUGUUUCUUAUGUCCCUAAUCAUGAUUUCACUGGCAAUAAAAGUUCAGUGUUUGAAUCUUCUCCUCAACCAUCUAUUCCAAAUACAUUCAAAUAUAAAUCACAUCCUAAUGCCAAAACUAAAGCUUUAGGAAGCGCCAAAAUAACCGAGGAAACAUCACAAGAACAAAAUGGAGACGCCCAACCAGUGCCCACAAAACAAACCCCUAACAACAACAAUAACAAAGAAAACACCACACCCAGGUGGAUGCCACAAGUACUAGAUGAAAAAUGGAAUGUACAGGAUUUAGAAGACAUCAAAUUUACUCCAUCGAUUCCAAUGAAUAACAACCAGUCAGGAGGAGGAGGAGGCAUUGGUCCAAGUCCGUUUCAAGAUUUGGAAAUUCAUACAGGAGAUACAAUGAUUCAUAAUAGCAAUGUUCAAUCUGUGGAAACACCUGGAUAUAGACGUGCACGUCAAGAAUAUGAAAAGCAAAAAGGAUCAGAUAUGUUGAAAUCAAUAUUCCCUGCUGGACCCGAUGAGACCAACACAAAAGACCAUUCGACUUCAUCUACUAUAUCGAGUAUGUUUGGUACUAUACAAAAACGUCCUGAAGAAAUUAAACAACAAAUGGAAACCAUAAAGGAAAUGAGAAAUACCAAAAACCCGGAAUCUCCUUUAAAAUUAUUUGGUCCUAAAUAUAAUACUUACACGAGAAAUCAAUUAGCUGGACUUGUAGAAAAUUUGAAAUCAAAUAAAAAUACUCCUGCUCAAAAUCAAGUGGCAGCUACACCAUCACCGAAUUCAGUAUUAUCUAAACCACCAGCUUUAAAUCUUAAUUCAAGAAUAGUGAAUACACCACCUAAAAAUAUCAAAUCGUUCACCAAAACUGGUGCAUAUGAUGAAAAAUCAUAUCUCAAAAAUGCAGAAAACAUUUUUUCCAAUCUUAAAGGUAAAGGUUUUAAGGCCAAUAAUAAUGAUGGUGUUAGAGUUGUAUCACAAGCAACAAACACUUCUACUCCCAAGAAAAACAUUACUCAUGGUGAUCCAAUCAACUUUAAUACAGAUAGUGAUUAUGCUUCCUUUACCAGUGGUUAUAGCUCUGAUGGGAGUGAUGGGAAGGAAGCAGAACAACUGAAAAAUUAUGAAGUUAGUAGUGAUGAUCCACAGAAUUAUACAUCAUAUACUAGAGAGAGUAAUUUCCAAUCAAGUGGUGUUGAGUUACAACGACAAGUUUCAAGUGAUGGGUCUUAUACUUAUGAUGAAAUAAGUGAAUUAUCAGAAGAUGCUACUACAGAAAUUCGAAAUAUUAACAAGAAUGAAAAUAUUUCCCCUGAGACUCGAGCACAUUUAUAUUCGGCUAAAAUUGUACAGAAUCGAAUUCCUUUAUUUGAACAAGAAAAUCAAGGGUUAAGACAAAAUCUUAAUAACAAACAACUGCAAGAAUAUAUUACUGGGGAUAUUUCUAUGAAAUCAGUUCCAGGAAAGAAUGGAGGAUUAAAUGCUGUUAAAUGGAAGACCAGAUCCCAAUUAAAAUUAAACAAAGGAGCAAUUGGUGGUGGUGGUGGUGGAACUGGUGGAACUGGUGGAACUGGUGAUCCAGAGAAAAUCACUAGAGGAACUGUUGAACCUGGUGUUGAUUUACCAUUAGAAUAUGAUCAAAUGAUAUUUGACCCUGAAACUCAACAAUGGAAAAGUAAAAAUGAAACAACUUUAAAUCAUGGUACUUUUGCUUCCAUUGAGGAUUUAGUGGAUAAUGAUAAUCAUGUUGAAAUUACUAAACAACCUAGUAUUUUGAAAAAAGCAUCUUUUCGGAAAAGUAUGGUACCAUUAGAAGUUUCAUUUCAUGAACCAAAUAUAAGUGUUCAAUCUAGUAUAAGUAGUAUAUCUAAAAGUCCGAUACCGAUGAUGGGUGAUAUAACUAGAGUAUCGCAAAUACAAGAGGAUUCAUUUUCUGAAUCGAAAAAACGACUUGUUUCAGUGAUUACAGAAAUUUUGGAUUUAGGAAAUACUAUUGAACCGGUUCCAUGGAAUCUUGUCACGGAAAUUGAAUUAAGAAAUUGUUAUUUGAAUAAUGUUAAAGAUUUAAACACUUUAUUACCAAAUCUAGUUAGUGUUGAUUUAUCAAGUAAUGAUAUCAAAUAUUUAACUGGUAUUCCUAAAGAAAUCAUGACAUUAAAUUUAAGUGAUAAUCGAAUAGAAGAUAUUACACCAUUUAGUGAGUAUCAUGAAUUACAAAGAUUAACUCUUGAUAAAAAUAAUUUAACAAGAGUUACUAAUCUUAGCAAAAAUAUUCAUUUGACAACAUUAAGUUUAGCCAGUAAUCAAAUAAUGAAUAUCCGAGGUAUAGAACAAUUGAUUAAUCUUAGAUCAUUAAAUGUAUCUGAUAAUCAACUUCAUGGGAAAAUUAAUUUCAAAUUUUUCAAUUUUAGUAAUUUAAUUGAAUUGGAUCUUUCGAAAAAUAAUUUACAAGAAAUAACUGGAUUACAAUAUUUACCCCUGUUAAGAAUUUUGAAUCUUGAUGAUAAUAGUUUAGUUAAAUUUGAUUGUAAAAACCUUCGACUUGCCAAAUUAUUAAUUAGAUUUAAUCAUAUUAGGAAAUUAGAUAUUUCUAAAUUACCUGAAUUAAGAUCAUUAAAAUUUGAUGGUAAUCAACUUGAAACCAUUGAAGGAUUAGAAAAUUUACGAGGUAUUGAAAAUAUAUCUUGUAAAUCUCAAUAUAAGAGUAAAGUAAUUGAACAAAUUAUGAAAUCAAUUCAAGAUAUUCGUCAAUUAGAUGUAUCAGGAAAUCGACAUUUCAUCACAUUUUCAACUUUCCCAUUCCUUAGUAAUUUAACCAUUUCAGCAAUGAAUUUAACUACUAUCCCAUCAGAUUUUUAUUUACUGUUUCCUAAUGUUCAAACAUUAAAUCUUAGUUUCAAUACUUUAAAAGAUAUUUCUGGAUUAACCAAUUUAAAAAAUUUACGGAAAGUUUAUAUGGUUAAUAAUAAACUUCAACUGCAUAAUCAAAUCAUGAAAGGAUUAAGAGGAUCUCGAGAUAAAUUAAAAGUAUUAGAUGUAAGAUUAAAUCCUUGUACUCAAACCAUUUAUCCAUUUUUAUUUACUCCUAGUGAAUCUGAUGAUUCUAUUGAUUUAGAAAAUGCUGAUGAUAUAGAAGCUUUUUUUAAACAUUAUCAAGAAUUAGAUAAAUCACAAAUUUGGGCUACUAGAGAUGAAGAAUUUCUUGAAAAUUUAAAAUAUCAAGAUGAAAUUGAUACUAUUGAAACUAGAGAUAUUUUUGAUUGUUUUAUGGUGAUGUUUUUCUCAAAAUUAAUGAAAUUAGAUGGAGUUUUAAUUACUGAUGAUCGUAGAAAUCAUUUAUUUAAUAUUUUUAAAGAACUUCCUCAAAAAAUAGAUUAA